AUGGGUUGGAUUUUAAUGGGAAAACUGUUUGAUGAUAUGGAAGAUAGGGAAAAUGUGACUCAUGCCGUCGCAGUGACUUCUUUAUUAAUUCACACAUUGAAUAUUGAAAAUUUGUGGAAAUCAGAUUUAUUGGGUAUUCGAGACCCUGAUGAAACAAAAUGCAGAAAGGAAAUGAAAAUUGCUGCAUUGAAUCAUUGUAACGAAACUGUUAACUUUAAAGAGGGAAGAUAUGAAGUUCAGUUGCCUUGGGUGAUAGAAAAGGACUGUUUAAGUCAAAAUUUCGAUAUUGCUAGACAGCGUUUAAACAGUACGACACAUCAGUUGAUACAAAACGGCAAAUUCGAGGAUUAUGAAAAUGUUUUCACAGAUUGGUUAAAUGAUGGAAUUACAGAAGAAGUCCCUGAACAUGAAAUGACUAAUCAGUGUCACUAUUUACCACAUAAAGGGGUAUUCAAAGAAACUUCGACCAUGAAACUGCGACCGGUAUUUGAUGCUUACUGUAAAGACAAAAAUUCACGCUCACUUAAAUGA